AGUUUAAAUAAAAUCAUUUGGGUAUAUGAAUCAUUCCUAUAGCGCUACGCGCUUUUUAUUUUGGUACUGGUUAUUUUCUAUUGAUUUUCUGUAAUAGAAAAUGUCAAGCACAAAUGGAAAUACUCAGAAAAAUAUAGUGAAAUUGCUAAGCCUAGAUUCAAAGAUCCAAAACUUGCUGAGAGAGGCUGUGCAGGCGCGAGAGUUCGCCUAUGCCCCCUACAGCAAAUUCCCCGUGGGUGCAGCACUUCUCUGCGACGAUGGCGUCGUCUAUCCUGGUUGCAACGUUGAAAACAUGUCGUUCACAGUCGGAACGUGCGCAGAGCGAUGCGCAAUAUUCAAGGCGGUGUCGGAGGGCCGCCGCAAGUACAAAGCGAUCGCAGUCAUCGGCUACCAGGAGCGAUUCUACACGAUGCCCUGCGGAGCUUGCCGACAAAUGAUGAGCGAGUUCGGCAACAUGGACGUCUACAUCGGCAAGCCUGAUUUGCGCGACGUUUUCGUCACCACGCUCGAAGAACUCAUGCCCAACCAGUUUCAGACUGUCGAUCAUGAGUUCUCUUAGGGAUAAGAUUAAUUUAUGUGUAAAUAAAUAGUGAAUUGAAGUUAUU